AUGACGAUGAUGCGGGACGAGUACGACCAGACGUCGCGCGCGUCGACGUUGCGCGGCCUCUUCACGAUGCACCUGCCGCUUUUCGCGACGUGGGCGAAGUCGCAGUCGGUCGUCCCGGGCGGCGGCGACAUCGUCGUCACGCGCGACGUCGUCGACGCGAUGUCGAAGGAGGCUGCGAACCCGCGCGCGUUCGCGCGCCUCGUCCAGAAGACCGCGACGCCCAGGACGGGUAACGCGAGAGCGAAAGCGAGGACGAGCUCGAGCGAUCCGGGCGGCGGCGUCGCGACCGUGCGCGCGAAGGACGCGUUCGAUUUCUUCCACGUCGUCAUGGACGCGCGCGCGGACGCGGCGACGUGGUCCGCGCGCGCGGCGGCGUUCGACGGCGACGCGAAGUGGAACCACGCGUCGUACAAGUCGACGCACUCGAAAGUCGCGGCGGCGACGUCGGAGGAAGGGUGGGACCGAGGAGGGCGAUCGUUCGCGUCGUCGAGCGACGAGAGUUUUCCGUCGGAGAAGAAGGGAUGA